AUGGUAAUCUUCGCCUCCCUUUGCUGGCGUGUUGGACAGGGCGGCUGCCCAGCGUCGAAGAAGGGUGGCAAGGCUCAGCCUAAGGUUCCUCUCAACACUCUGCCCAGCGAGGAGGAGCAGAAGAAGGUCCUCGAGGAGGCCAAGGCGACCCUCAAUCGCGAGGCCUUCUUCAUGAAGCGCUGCUUGGAUAACAAGAAGCUCAUGGAGGCGCUCAAGCACGCCUCGACCAUGAUUUGUGAGCUCAGGACCUCUCUGCUCUCCCCCAAGAACUAUUACGAGCUGUACAUGCAAGCUUUCGAUCAGCUGCGACACCUCGAGGCCUUCCUUAGUGAGGAAAGGCAGAGCGGCAAGAAGCUGAGCGAGCUCUACGAAAUCGUCCAAUACGCUGGCAAUAUUCUUCCUCGCCUGUACCUGCUGGUGACGGUGGGUUCGAUCUACAUCCGGACCAAGGAGGCUCCCGCCAAGGACGUGCUCAGGGAUCUCGUGGAGAUGUGCCGCGGCGUGCAGCACCCCACGCGCGGCCUCUUCCUCCGCACCUACCUCUCGGAGAUGACCAAGGACAAGCUGCCCGACGUCGGCUCCGACUACGAAGGGGCUGGCGGCGACGUGAACGAUUCGAUAUCGUUCAUCCUUCAGAACUUCACCGAGAUGAACAAGCUGUGGGUGAGGAUGCAGCACCAGGGCCCCGUGAGGGACAAGGCGAGGAGGGAGCAGGAGAGGCGCGAGCUGCGUCUGCUCGUCGGAAAGAAUCUCGCUCGCCUCUCUCAGCUCGAUGGCGUCGACGUGGCCAUCUACAAGGAGGCGGUCCUGCCCCGCAUCACCGAACAGGUGGUCAACUGCCGCGACCAGAUCGCGCAGCAGUACCUCAUGGAGAUCCUCAUCCAGAUCUUCCCCGACCACUUCCACCUCCAGACCCUCGAGCCCUUCCUCGAUACAUGCGCCAAGCUGCAGCCCACCGUGGACGUCAAGUCCAUCGUGGUGAGCAUGCUGGACAGGCUCGCCAAUUUUGCCGCCCAGGAGCCCACCAACUUCCCCCGGGAGAUCGACGUCUUCAAGAUCUUCUCCAGCGCCAUCACCAACAUCAUCGAGCAACGUCCCAAGAUGACUGCCGAGGACAUGCUCGCCCUGUACGUCUCGCUCCUCAACCUGUCGCUCAAGGUCUACCCCGACAAGCUGGAGUACGUCGACCAGGUCUUCAACAACACCACCACGUUGCUUGCCAAGCUCAAGGAGGACGGCGUUGACUACUCGGGCAAGGAGUGCGUGAAGCACAUCCAGAGCCUGCUCAACAUCCCGCUCUCCAUCUACAACAACGUCCUCGUCCUCCUCAAGCUGGACAACUACACCACCAUCAUCCCUCACCUCGGCUACGCCAACAGACGUAAGAUUGCGCUGGAGAUCUUGAACAACGUCAUUGCCAACGAGACCCGUAUUCCGGAGGCCGAGGACGUGGCCAAGCUCUUCCUGGCCAUUCAGCCUCUUCUCAAGGACGAGGAGGACCAGACCGAGAUCGACCCGGAGGACUUCGACGAGGACCAGAACAAGGUGGCUUCUCUCAUCCACCUCUUCGACAAUGAAAACGCCGAGAAGCUCUUCCUGAUCUACGCGACGGCGCGCAAGGUCUUCGGCCAGGGCGGCAUGAAGAGGAUCAGGUUCACCCUGCCCCCGCUCGUCUUCCGGUCCCUCCGCCUGGCCGCCGUGCUCCAGGCCAACGCCAGCAGCGACGACGAGUGGAACAAGGUCGGCAAGCGCGUGUUCAAGUUCGCUCACGAGACGGUCACGGCCCUCGCGCGGACGGACUACAAGCAGCUGGCCAUGCGCCUAUAUCUCCAGUGCGCCGAAGCCGCCUCCCGGGCCGGAUUCGAAACCAUCGCAUACGAGUUCCUUACACAGGUUUACGAAAUCUACGAGAGCGAAGUCGCCGAAUCGAAGGCCCAGUUCCGAGCCAUGACCGAAAUCAUCGGCACGCUGCAGACGAUGCGGGUAUUCGGGGAGGAGAACUACGACACCCUGUCCACCAAGACCGCCGUGCACUCCGCCAAGCUGUUGAAGAAGCACGACCAGUGUCGCGCUGUCUACAUGUGCUCCCACCUCUUCUGGAAACCCGACGCUGAGGGUGAGGGCUUCAAGGAGGGCAAGCGCGUGUUGGAGUGCCUCCAAAAGUCGCUGCGCAUUGCCGAUGCCUGCAUGGACUCCUCCAUGAACGUGAAGCUCUUCGUCGAGAUCCUGAACGAGUAUCUGUACUAUUUCGAGGCCAAGAACGAAGCGGUGGCCCCGAAGUACCUGACCGGUCUCAUUGCGCUGAUCAAGACCAACCUGGGCAACAUGGAGGCCGGAGAGGCCGGCGCUGACGGCAACUCUGCGGAGAAGGCCGAGCAGGUGAACACCUUCUACAACAACACCCUCAACCACAUCAAGCUCAAGAAGAAGAACGCCAACGGCCUCGCCUACGGUGACAUCGACCUCUAA